UCUGCUGCUUGGAUUAGACCUGUACAUGUUAGGACAAGACAUGUAGAGAGAGAGAAUCAUUGCUUCAACAAAAUUAAAGGCAAUAUAAUGUUUGAAUUCACAGAUUGGUGCUUGCCUUGCUUAACUUCUGCAUUCAUUUCCAUGCUUGUUUAAAGCAAGGUUUGCUGGUAACUAGCUAGAUUUCACUCCCAUCUCUUUCCCUGCUGAUCAUGAAGUGAGUUUUCAUGGGCCAUCUCAGCCCAGCCUGUACAUUCUCAUAAUCAGAUAAGAUUUCUUCUUGAAUGCUAGGUCUCACCCACCUUCCCACUUCGCAUUGAUUUCUUCUUUUGUCCAUUCAUAGAUUUCUUCAUGUAUUGCUUUACAACUUGACAUGGACAUGUUGCCAUUGCUGUCUCUAUGACAAGUUGACAGCCCUUUAAAUUUGGUACAUUUUAGCCUUCAAAUUCUGGUCAACAAUGGUUUCACAAGACUCACCCCCAAACCAAGCCUCAAGUAUUCUCCACCAUUUCAUUGUGUCUGACUCCAUGGCAGCUCAAACCCACAUGGAAAACCAACACCAGCUUGAUGCUGCUUACGCCUCUAAUUUUCGAACCAGCACCAGCACCAGCACAUACCCUCAGUCUCUUGGUCAACUCCCCAGCAUUCAUUCUCUUGAGGAGAGAAUGUCUAGAUCACUAGACCUUCUUCAUGCUCCUCCAACAGUUGCGACAGAGGGAUCGGAUCAUAUGAGCCACACAAGGCUUCUAAUGGACCAGCACCAAGCACUCUCACUGUCCCUUGGCUCACAGAUGCUUCUUCCUCCUAAUUCUCAUUCUGCUCAUUAUGUGACCGAUGACUAUUCGUUCAUGGGGAAUGCGCUUGCUUCGUCCUCAAGCUCGCUGAAUCAGCAGUCUUUGGCAGCAGUCAUUGGGAAUUCAAGAUAUCUAAAGCCAGCUCAGUCACUGUUAGAAGAGAUAGUUAGUGUUGGUGGAAAGGCAGUUGAUAUCAGCAGUGAAAAACAUUUUGGGAAGAUGUAUGGUGGAGGUAGGAGAGGCUCAAUGGGCCUUUCUUCUGAAUUGAAAGCAGAGUUGUGCUGCAAUGGCCUCAUGUCAGCUGACAAACAUGAAUUUCAAUCGAAAAUCGCAAACCUCAUCACCUUGCUGGAAGAGGUUGAGGACAGAUGUGAGAAGUACUACCAUCAAAUGGAAGAAGUGAUGUCAUCAUUUGAGAUGGUAGUGGGUGCAGGAGCAGCAAAGUCUUACACAGCUCUGGCUCUCAAGGCCAUGUCCAGGCACUUUGGCAGCUUGAGGGAUGCUAUAAUGUCACAUAUAUAUGCAGAAAAGCGAAAGUUGAUGCAAGAUUUUCCGAAAGUGAGCAGCGGACUAGGGCAACUCAGCUUGUUUGAUCGAGAGUGUAGACAGAAGAGAAUGUCCCUUCAACAGCUUGGGAUUAUCCAUGGCCAAAGGCAAGCAGCUUGGAGACCAAUUAGAGGGCUGCCUGAGACCUCGGUGGCAAUUCUCCGCACUUGGCUUUUCGAACACUUUCUUCAUCCUUAUCCUAAUGACUCUGAGAAGCUAAUGUUGGCAUCACAAACAGGCCUGUCCAAGAACCAAGUUUCAAAUUGGUUCAUAAAUGCACGGGUUCGGCUUUGGAAACCUAUGAUAGAGGAAAUGUACAAAGAAGAAUUUGCGGAUUCUUCACAAGACUCGAAUCCAGUAGCUAAUAGUUCCAUGACCGGUGAAAGCAACAUAGAUCACACAGAUGAUUAAAGGGGAGAAGAAUUAGAGUGGACUGUCAUUUCGAGUCUGAGUUAUCUAUUUUGGCAGUGAUUUCAAGUGUGAAGUUCAAUGUUGAAAGUUACCAACCUAGAAAGAGUUAGAAGGUUGUUUUGUGAAGUUGAUCAGCAACUCUUGGAAAGUAGAGGGUUCGCUUACAUGUACUUUGAACUACUAAUUAUAUUUAAUUUUGAGGCUCAUAUUAGUAUUGA